UCUCCAGAGGUGGAACCGGCCGGGUCCGUGUGUCUGCACCCCUUGCUUGCCGGCCAGCGCUGCGGCUGCACACUUUUGUCCAAGCCUGGAGACUUAGAAAGCAGAAUUUGCCCUCUUUUCUGAUAUAUACAUGAUUCUGAUGGCUGGGAAUAAAGGAAGAGGACGUGCUGCUUAUACUUUUAAUGUUGAGGCAGUUGGAUUUAGCAGAGGUGAAAAGUUACCUGAUGUAGUAUUGAAACCACCUCCACUUUUUCCUGAUACAGAUUAUAAACCAGUGCCACUGAAAACAGGAGAAGGUGAAGAUUAUAUGCUGGCCUUGAAACAGGAACUGAGAGAAACAAUGAAAAGAAUGCCUUAUUUUAUAGAAACAACUGAAGAAAAGCAAGAUAUUGAAAGGUAUAGUAAAAGAUAUAUGAAGAUUUACAAAGAAGAAUGGAUACCAGAUUGGAGAAGACUUCCGAGAGAGAUGAUGCCAAGAAAAAAGUGCAAAAAAGCAGGCCCCAAAUCCAAAAAGGCAAAAGAUACAGGCAGAGGCGCUUCACUCUCUAAUACUGCAGAUGUAUUGAAAAAAAUUGAGGAAUUGGAAAAGAGCGGUGAUGGUGAAAAAUCAGAUGAGGAAAAUGAAGAGAAAGAAGGAAAUAAAGAGAAAAGUAAAGAAGGUGAUGAGGAGGAAGAGGAGGAAGAUGCUGCAGAUCAAGAGGACUAUGAUGAAGAAGAGCAAGAAGAGGAAAAUGACUACAUAAAUUCAUACUUUGAAGAUGGAGAUGAUUUUGGUGCAGACAGUGAUGACAACAUGGAUGAAGCAACCUAUUAGCUAUGAAAAUUCUCAAAAUAGUAUUUCUAUGAUACAUCUUCUGAACGUUUGGACAGAUUUGUUUUCUAUUUUAUUUCUUACAAAAAUGAGUAAGUAUUUUAUUUUUGUUCCUGUUUUGUUGGGCCAACAUUCAGAACCACUUUUUGAGUUUACAUUAUCAGUUACUUUACCAAGUAAUCUCUUGACACUUUGACAUUCCUUUACAACCUCUCUGUCAUCCCUCAUAUAUAUUCAAGUGGAUAUUUCCUAUUAUUUGAAUUAGAAUGUUCCUGAAGAGUUUUUGUAUCAUUUAACUUAUAUAUUCAUACUUGAGCAAAUUAUUCUUGUUAAACUGCAGAUCAUUUAUAAAUCUAUUAUUGGUCAUCAAGAUGGAUUUCUGUAAUGUGGAAGUUGAUUUAAUACUGCACAAGGAGCACUUUAAAAACAAAGAAACUUGAAUUUUAUUUUACUUUUUAUGGUUUGUUCUAGACUACUACAUUGUAACUACAUAACCUAGCAUUCUUACAAAUGCAUAUUUAUGAGAUUAGUAGUUUUGUGAUCAGAACACAUACACAGGGACAAAUGCCAAUCUGAGCUAUAUAAACAUUGCACAACUCACACCUCAGUUCAUGCAGACUUUUCAUCUGGAUGAAUAUAAAAAAUACUUGAAUUUGGGAUAAACUUAAUACCAUAUGUAAGUUAAUCAUCCCACUGUAAGUUUGAGAGCUUUAUGAAAAAUUGCGCUGAAACAUCUUAUUUUUGUCCUUUACUAAAGUGUUAUAGUCCAAUCAGAGAAAUCUCAUUGCCAAGUGCAUGUAUGUGUCAUCUGUAAGGUGUGAUGGCCUCUUUUACAUACAGGGCUCAUAACUAACCAAAUGAUUUGUGUAAUAAUGUUGAAAGAAACACAGGUUUUGGUUUUUUUUUUAAAGAUUUAUUUAUUUAUGCAUACAGGAACUGGGGUACAGGCCAGAGGUAUGGGGGGGUGAAAGGAUUCACCAGAGACAGUGGGGAACAGAAAAGGCAGAUUGACUGAAGUGUACUGCUGAGGGGAGCAGUGGGCAAGACAGGAGAGGUCUGCUGCACCAUUUGGGUGGCUCCCUGGCCAGGGAUCGAACUCAAGCUGCAGUGGCUGCAGAUAGCUUCACAGGUUAUGUCUUAACCCCUUGCGCUACCAGGGAGGCCCCUGAAACACAGGUCUUUUUAAAAUUAACUUUUUGUUUCAAUUAAAAGCUAGCUUGCCUGCCUUUUAAUAUUUUGGAGGGAAAAUAACUAAAAGCCUCAUCCUCCAAAGGCUCACAAAUACCAAAGGUCUUCAGAAAAGUUCUUAUGUAUUUUAAAAGUGAUUUAUUAAUAUUUCCCACCAAAAGAAAUGCUUUAUUCUUUUGGGAAGAUGCAAUCCAUUACACUCAAGUCUGACAAUCAGAACCCUAGGUUCUAUUUCUACUUUACUAUUAAAUUCAACCUUGAAAUUGAGCUUGGGUAAGUUUUCUGUGCCUUAGUUUCUCCACUUGUACACAAUUUCCUAUAAAAAUUGCUCAAAUACCAACCUGAAUUUACCAUGUAGUAUCCAUUCGCUAACCUUAUAGAAAUUAUCACUUCAUCAUUUAAAUUUCAUUUUCACCCUCUAGAAAAUGAUAGCUUGCAAAGUGAUUGAAAACAUAGUUUUGAAAAAUAAACAUGUUUUCCCCACAAAAUAUUUUAUAAUCAGAUCCUCUCAUCUUGUAUUCUGGUGGAGAAAAUUGGUAGCAAUUUAUAUUGUCGUGCCAUCUUGCAAUGUGGCUUUCUCAGGAAAUAGAUCUUUCAAUUUUAAUAAUUCAAAGAGGUAUGAUGACCAUAUUCAGUGCUAUUUUAAUCAUGUGUAUUUUUUGUUUAUAGGAGCUUAUCAAAAAUUGUAAGAAUUCUAAAUGGAAUACAUGAAUAAAAUAAGUCAACUUUAAAGCAGCGAUCUACUGCACUUAACAGUAGAAACCUCAUAUAAUUUUCAUUUGUAAUGGGCAAAGUUAUUUAGGAUUGAUAAUUAACAUAGGUAUUUUAUUCUCUCACCUAUUAGUACCUUAGCCAAAUACAUUUAAUUUAUAGAAAUCUCAAUAGUUUUUUCUUACUAUCUUAUAAGUUUGUAAAUAAUUGCUUGAAUCAGGCAAAUAUACCAAAGAUACUUUUCCUGGCUUUCAAUUUGUCUUCACUUUUUGGUCUUACCGGUGGUAACACAGUCACUUGGAGCAAGAAUUUGCUUUGGGAAGCCCUAGCCAUUUCCCUUAAGUGCAUUGUCUCUUCCCCUUUGGAACAUCUUUUCACAAGUUUAAAGUAGACUGAGUGUGAGAACAGAAAAGAAGUAUUUGCAGGUUGCAGGUUACUAGUAACGCAAUGAAUCUUGUUUUUCUGACUUAAAAUCUUAAGAGACUGUAAAGUCAUUCCAUAGGAAGGUAAAUUUUAAUGCAGAAAUAGUCUAUUAAACUUAUAAAAUAAUUGUUGAUAAAGUGUCUUUAAAAUUGCUACAUAACAAGCAAAAGUGUUUUAUUGCUA